GUGUGCACGCGUUCGGUGCGCAACGUGCGUUAUUGUGGAUAUAACAUCACUCGGAGAUGGUGUCGUGAUGUUGCGUUUGGUGGUGAUCUGCCUCGGGAUUUCCUCGGUUCUGCCUUUAGAACUGAGCCAUCAGGAUCUAGAGCUUGCCAACAAAACUUGCGAUGGAAAAUCCACUUGCGAACUCGGCAAGAAGUCAAGAUUUGGUGAUGACUUGGAUUGGAGAGAUAGAAACUGCUUUUGCGAUGAACUCUGUCGCAGAUACGGAGACUGUUGCUUGGACUCUCCGUUUUACAACAUCGCAGAGCAGAGGCGAGGAAUUGCGUCCUUCACAUGUGUGGACCUGCGACAGUUUGGAGGCAUCUACAUGAUGACGACCUGUCCUCCAGCGUGGGGCAACCCGAGAGUCAGGGCGAUGUGUGAGACUGGCAGCAACAAUAGACAAGACCCCAUCGCGGGACUUCCAGCUACUAGUCACAACACAAGUGUCACCUACCGCAAUUCCUAUUGCGCAUUGUGUCACGGAGAUACGCAGCUUGAACUGUGGACACCUAGGAUAGAGUGUCCUACAUUGAACAUCCAACACAACCUGACGAGGGAGAACUUUACCAACAUGUUGACUUACAAUCACACCAGGAACCCACCUACUUGGGGAAUCACCAUGAAAGACAAGUUCCAUCCUUGCACGAUAGAUCCCGUCAUUCCUGAGACAUCUUCUCAUUUAGUCAGGAGAUGCCAAGCUGACGCUAUUAAGUCUUGUGCGGUUAACUGGACAAACAACGAUGUGAGGAAUAGAUGUGAGGCGUACACUUCUAUGGUGUACCAUGGAAACUAUGCGUACAGAAAUCCUCACUGCGCCAUGUGUAACAAUGUACCCCUUCAGUACCUUGCAUGCAGCAAGAUAGUAUUUAGGACUUUUUUCAACAAAGACUUUAGUCCUGUUGCAUUUGCUGUUUUGUUUGAUUUGUCUGGUGGUAAAACUGUUGGUAAAGUUCAGCCUUGCACCAAAAGUCAGUUGUAUGACCCAUUUUUCAGAAAGUGCAGGGACGUUAUUCAAGAUAUCUCUGUUUAUGAAGAGCUAGUAAUACCACUAGAGGAACAACAAGAAAUGAUGGAAGAGGUUUUAUAUCAUAACAGAACUAACCACACAAGCUAUAGUACGGAAUACCAUCAUGUCACAGAAAGCAGUGAAGAUCCACAGUGUGCCAAGUUUAUACUCAACCCCGAAGAUUUUGAAAGUAACAACGGUUCAGUGUUUGUUCCAGCUUACGAUCAGACUUUCAAGCGAGGUAAAUACACGAUUCGUGAUGACGGGACUUUAGAACUUUGUGUUGACGCUCUUGGAGUACAACUCGCAGAUAAGUUCGGAGAAUAUAUGGGUUACAUAACGUUUGCUGGGCUAGGUGUAUCUAUAAUAUUCCUUAUUUUACAUCUCACAGCCUUUUUGUUGGUUCCUGAACUAAGAAAUCUAUCUGGGAAGAAUCUAGCGUCACUGUGCGUUUCUCUUCUUGUGGCAUAUACAUCCUUCAUGGCCGGACAACUAUUGAAGAUCAGAACAACCUCUUGUCAAGUGGUCGCAGUAUUGACAUAUUACAGCUUCCUGGCAUCCUUCACCUGGAUGUUGACAAUGUCCUUUGACGUUUGGAGAACAUUAAGAUUGGCAACAGCUGAAUUGAGAGUUUCUGCUGGAAAACAAUGGAGGAAGUUCACAAUUUACUCACUUUGGAGUUGGAUAGCACCGGGAAUAAUAGUUUUAUCUUCUCUUCUUGUUGAGUAUGCCCCAGAAGGUUCAAUUCCCUCCGAGUACCGUCCAGACUUUGCAAUCAAUGCUUGUUGGUUCGGCCAGCGUAGAGCGUUACUGCUCUACUUUGCUGUUCCUCUGGGAGUCAUCAUGGUAUUGAACGUGAUAUUUUUUGCAAGUUCUGCCCACAUGAUUUACUCAACUACGUCUACUACAAGAUUCACGGCCAGUGCUGGAACACAAAGAGACUUCCGAUUGUACAUUCGACUAGCGUUGGUGAUGGGAUUGACUUGGGUUGUUGGUCUAAUAGCAGGUACUUUGGACAACGAAGGACUCUGGUAUGCCUUUGUGGCUCUCAACACAUUACAAGGACUGUUCAUCUUCCUGGCGUUCACCUGCACAGACAAGGUGAUCCGAGGUCUAGCCCUGAGGAAGGCCGAUGGAAGACCUCUCCGACCUCCCUCCUUCUCCUGGUCAGGUGCCUCCACAGACAGUACGAGGAAGUCACAUAUGUCCGAUCCAGGAACCACAGACACUCUCUACUAACCAAAGUUUUCAUCCGUAGCUUGUAUCUAAAGUAGCUUUAUUAGUCUUGUGAGUUUUUGUGAAAAUAUGUGUAAAGCUUGUAUUAGUGUAUUUUGUACAUAUCUUCUCACCAUGACCAUUUAGUUAGAUUUAAGUACGAAUGAAGAGUAUAUGUAAAAUAAAUGUAUUAUGUGAUAAGUUAUGAUACAUGACUUUUAGGAAGCUAUAUAAUUAGGCUCUUGAAAAGAAGAACCAGGUAAGAUAUUAUUAUAUUUUUAAGUUGAAGUACAAAUUUAAGAGUUUUUUUUUUUUUUAUAUAGAAAUUAGUUAUUAAACUGCUUUGUAAUUUUUUACAGACCCUUGCAACACUUACAUUAUUGAAAGCAAUUGUCAACAAAGUUAUUAGAUAAGUAGCAACCCCUAAUACAUUGUUAGUAAUUCCAACUACCUAUUUGUAAAUCAAUUCAAUUCAAUGACUACUUGCUUUUGCUUUUUGUUUUUUUCUUCAAAUUUGUUCUAUAUACAUCUAAACUAUAAAAUUGUAUAUUUUACAUUUAGUUAUUUAAAUAUCUUUUAGUUUUAGCAAUGUACAUAGUUGAAAUGUAUCAAAAGUGUAACACAUGUAAAUAAUUAAAUGUUUUCAACUUUUAAUUUGUUAUUUUUUGGCAAUACAGAUUUGAUAAAAUCCCUAAGUGAUUUUCUCCUUAGCUACCUUUUCAUAAUUUUGUUACCGUAUUUUGAUGUAGAGACAAACACAAUUGGGGCUUGUGCUAUUCCAACUUGUUCCGAUGGGUAAGGUACAAGACACUAAUGAAUACUUACAUGAUAUUAUAUAUUAUAUAUCUUGAAUUAUUCUCCCAAGUGGGGGUGUUUAGGGAUAAUCUAAGCAAAACUACGACAAAAAACGAAUUUAAACUAUAAAAUAAUCAAAUGUAUUUCUCAUUAAUGUUUUCAUGACAAAGGAACAAUAUUGGACAACAAAACAGACAGCUGAUAGUAAAAACAACAUUCACGUCAUCUUAAGUAUGACUAUUACAA